GGGCGCUUUGCGCAUGCGCGCCGUUCACUUCGAAUUCGUCUAUUAUGCUGCCUUGGUGAGGAUAAAACGAAGAGGCGCUGGAGGGGACGAGCGGGGACGGUACCGAGCGGCGGGGGAAAUCUUGAGGACGAGCCUUAGAUUGGGGUUUCUGAAGAACCACAGCUGGUGAGGAAUCUGAACGGUGCCUUCUAGAAUGACCUCCUGAUCCAAGAUGGCCGCCUCGUGACCACCGCACAAGGGUUCUAUGGUUGGACCCCUGAGAUGGGAUGUCCUUCCCUGUCGGGGGCCAUAAAGGAAGAGAUUGUGCUGCAGAGUUACUGUGAAAGAAAGUGAGAACAGCAAAAUGUCUGCUGCUCCGGCGGCGGCUCCGGCCCCUCAAGGGCCCGUGAACCCGCCCCCUCCCGAAGUCACGAACCCCAACAAGCCCGGGCGCAAGACCAACCAGCUGCAGUACAUGCAGAAUGUGGUGGUGAAGACGCUGUGGAAGCAUCAGUUCGCGUGGCCCUUCUACCAGCCCGUGGACUGCAUCAAGCUCAGCCUGCCCGACUAUCACAAGAUCAUUAAGAAUCCCAUGGACAUGGGGACGAUCAAGAAGCGGCUGGAGAACAACUACUAUUGGAGCGCCAACGAGUGCAUGCAGGACUUCAACACCAUGUUCACCAACUGCUACAUCUACAACAAGUCCACAGAUGACAUUGUCCUCAUGGCUCAAGCCUUGGAAAAGAUUUUCCUCCAGAAAGUCGCCCAGAUGCCGCAGGAAGAGGUGGAGUUACUGCCCCCGGUCCCCAAAGGCAAAGGAAAGAAGCCGCCGCCCCCUCCAGCUGCGCAGACCCCAGUCAUCACAGAACAAGAGCCGCCUGUUGAGAAAGCCGCUGUGUCUCCCAAACCGGUGGUGGUGGAGCGCAGCCCCCCCAAGCCUGCCGUAGUGGAGCGCAGCCCCCCCAAGCCUGCCGUAGUGGAGCGCAGCUCCGGAAGACGAGCCGAGCCGCCCGUGGAGAGGCGUCGGGAGCGAUAUAAAGCCACCACCCAAGCCUCCAGCGUCUCCACGGUGGUCAGCCCCACGGUCCAGCUCACCAACAUCGCUCCUCUAGUGUCCCAGACACCAGUCAUCGCCGUCACUCCUGUGCCAACUAUAACCGCUAACGUAACGGUACCCGUCGCCACCACUGCUCCUCAGCCGCCUCCAGCCGCACCAGUCCCAGUAGCACCAGUUGUUCCGCCAGCUGCCCCAGUCGUUAAGAAAAAAGGUGUAAAAAGAAAAGCGGACACGACCACCCCAACCACCUCCGCCAUAACCGCCAGCCGCAGCGAGUCGCCUGUCCCAAUCUCCGAUCCUAAGCAAGCGAAAGUGGCAAACAGGAGAGAGAGCACCGGGCGCCCCAUCAAACCACCAAAGAAGGACCUGGAGGAAGGGGAGAUCGCGCAGCACGCCGGCAAGAAGGGCAAACUGACGGAGCACAUGAAGUACUGCGACAGUAUCCUGAAAGAGAUGCUGUCCAAGAAGCACGCCGCCUACGCCUGGCCCUUCUACAAGCCGGUGGACGCCGAGGCCCUGGAGCUGCACGACUACCACGAUAUCAUCAAGCACCCCAUGGACCUCAGCACUGUCAAGAAGAAAAUGGAUGGUCGGGAUUACCAGGACGCGCAGGCGUUUGCGGCUGAUAUACGGUUAAUGUUCUCCAACUGUUACAAGUACAAUCCCCCCGAUCACGAGGUGGUGGCCAUGGCCCGAAAGCUCCAGGAUGUUUUUGAGAUGAGAUUUGCCAAGAUGCCCGAUGAGCCGCCAGAGCCCCCCGCCCCUCCCCCAGCAGUGGCCCCGGUGGUCAGCAAAAGCGUGGAGAGCAGUCACACCAGUGAAGAGAGCUCCUCCCAGUCCGAUAGUUCAGACUCUGAAGAGGAGCGCGCCACGCGGCUGGCUGAGCUGCAGGAGCAGCUGAAGGCCGUUCACGAGCAGCUGGCGGCGUUGUCCCAGGCGCCUGUCAAUAAACCAAAGAAGAAGAAGGAGAAAAAGGAGAAGGAAAAGGAGAAGAAGAAAAAGGACAAAGAGAAGGAGAAGGAGAAAGAGAAGCACAAGAUGAAAACUGAGGAGGAGAAGAAGGUGAAGGCAGCGCAGCCCGCCAAGCCAGUGCCUCCGAAAAAGGCCCCCACCAAGAAGGCAAACAGCACUACAGCCACCACUACAUCCAGCACAGCCGCCCCCACCGCCAACAGCAAACAGCCGAAAAAAGGGGGUAAACAGCCUCCAUCUGCAAGCUACGACUCCGACGAGGAGGAGGAAGGUCUGCCCAUGACGUACGACGAGAAGCGGCAGCUCAGCCUGGACAUCAACCGGCUCCCGGGGGAGAAACUGGGCCGUGUGGUCCACAUUAUACAAUCCCGAGAACCUUCUCUAAGAGACUCCAACCCCGACGAGAUAGAGAUUGACUUUGAAACCUUGAAACCAACGACCCUGCGGGAGCUGGAGCGAUACGUCAAGUCCUGUUUACAGAAGAAGCAGAGGAAGCCUUUCUCAGCGUCGGGGAAGAAGCAAGGUGUAAAGUCCAAGGAGGAGUUGGCUCAGGAAAAGAAAAAGGAGCUGGAGAGGAGACUCCAGGAUGUGAGCGGCCAAUUAAAUAACAAGAAACCUGCAAAAAAAGAGAAGUCCGGCUCGGGGGGGGCAGGAGGACCCUCGCGGCUCAGCAGCAGCAGCAGCUCCUCAGAGUCGGGCAGCAGCAGUUCCAGUGGAUCCAGUUCAGACAGCAGUGACUCUGAGUAGCGCGGUGCAGGCGGCUCACGUAACACUUUUGGUGUGCGGUUUAAAGAAAAAUGGGAAAAAAAACAAAACAAAAAAGGAACAAAAUAUUUUAGAAACAAAUUCCCAAAAACCGGAAAACGACUUUUAUUUUUAAAGAAGACGAGACGGUAAAGUGUGCGGGCGAAGAGGCGUCAGCAAUAAGCAGCGUGGGAGGCCUCGGGGGGCUGAAGGGUUACUAUAUAUUAAUAAAGAGGUUUUAAUUCUGUUUUUAA